AUGUCGAUUGUGAGUGUGGUCGCUCGGGAAAUCCUCGACUCCAGAGGAAACCCCACGGUGGAGGUGGACCUGCGCACAGACAAAGGUCUAUUCCGAGCAGCCGUCCCCAGUGGAGCCUCCACAGGAAUCUAUGAAGCUCUAGAGUUGAGAGAUGGUGACAAGAGCCGCUACAAGGGGAAAGGUGUGUUGAAGGCAGUGGGACACAUCAACGACGCUCUUGGCCCAGCGCUCAUCGCCUCAGGCAUCAGCGUGGUGGAGCAGGAGCAGCUUGACAACAAGAUGAUUGAAAUGGAUGGAACAGAGAACAAAUCUCAAUUCGGAGCUAACGCAAUCCUGGGAGUCUCUCUGGCAGUGUGCAAAGCCGGAGCCGCAGAAAAGGAAGUCCCUCUGUAUCGCCACAUUGCAGACCUGGCUGGGAACACGGAGCUGGUGCUGCCAGUGCCUGCCUUCAAUGUGAUCAAUGGUGGCUCUCACGCUGGAAAUAAGCUAGCCAUGCAGGAGUUCAUGGUUCUGCCGGUCGGAGCCGAGUCCUUCAAGGAGGCUCUGAGGAUAGGCGCAGAGCUGUACCACACUCUGAAGGGGGUUAUCCAGCAAAAAUAUGGACAAGAUGCAACCAACGUGGGCGACGAGGGAGGAUUUGCCCCCAACAUCCUGGAGAACAGUGAAGCCCUGGAGCUCCUGCAGACGGCCAUCGAGAAGGCCGGUUUCACGGACAAAGUGGUGGUAGGGAUGGACGUGGCAGCCUCAGAGUUCUACAGAGAGGGAAAGUACGACCUGGACUUCAAAUCUCCUCCAGACUCUUCACGACACAUCUCUGCAGAAGAGCUGGCCGACAUCUACCAGGACUUUGUCAACAACUACCCAGUGGUUUCCAUUGAGGACCCGUUUGACCAGGACGACUGGGAGGCCUGGUCCAGACUCACAGCCCGAGUUGGGAUCCAGGUGGUUGGAGAUGACCUGACCGUGACCAACCCCAAGCGGAUCGAGAAGGCAGCCGAGGAGAGGGCCUGCAAUUGUCUCCUGCUCAAAGUGAACCAGAUUGGCUCUGUGACUGAGGCAAUACAAGCGUGUAAACUAGCUCAGGCUAACGGCUGGGGAGUGAUGGUGAGUCACCGCUCUGGAGAGACAGAGGACACCUUCAUCGCGGACCUGGUGGUGGGACUGUGCACCGGACAGAUCAAAACCGGCGCUCCUUGUAGGUCUGAGCGACUUGCCAAGUACAACCAGCUCAUGAGGAUCGAGGAGGAGCUGGGGGAUCAGGCCCGAUUUGCCGGACACAACUUCAGGAACCCCAGUGCUCUGUGA